UGGGAUUGUGCCAUCCAGACUCUGUUGAAAACAUUGGUGAACGUGAUCCUUUACUAUCUACGCUAUAGCGCUAUUGGCUACAGGACUAAGGAGAAUGUUCCCCUCAAGGUUAUUUCUCUGCUGUCUGCUGGGAAGUGUUUCUCUUGUGUAUGGACAACCUUUGAUUCGACUUGCAUCACCCAAUGAGCCUGGUAGCACUGACCACACUGGAGAGAUCAUCUCGUUCUCUGAUUUUGGACCAAGAAUUGGUACUAAUCCACCAGCCUGGUAUUGCUACACCUUAGACCCUAGUGGUGUAGUGUGGCAGCUCCCUGAUGGGAGUGGUGUGCCCAUAGGCAUCCCGAACAAUGCCAACACAGCUGCAGUUGGGGACGAACUGCUCAUCACUGGUGUUCCUGGAGUUGCCAUUGUUCUGCAUCGUGGUCCCACACACUUCAGUCCUGAUGGAGAACACUGCUGUGUGAGGGUUAACAUUGACCCCAAUUUGAGGAGAUGUGUCACCUUCACUCCCUGCCCCACACUGAGUCCACUGUCUAAUGGAAUGAUUUCGUACAAUGCAACCACCAACAUGGCCACCUACACCUGUGACACUGGGUACACCAUCAGUGGAGCUACUCCGAUAACUUGUAUGAGUGAUGGCACUAGUGCUGGUACCUGGUCUCCAUCACCACCUACAGUUACUUGUGCAUCUCGACUGGCAUCACCCACUGAGCCCCCUGGCACUGACCACACUGGAGAGAUCAUCUCGUUCUCUGAUGUUGGAUCAGGAGUUGGUACUGAUCCACGAGCCUGGUAUUGCUACACUGAACCUGCUGGUGCAGUGUGGCAGGGUCCUGGUGGGAGCACAUUGCCCAUAGUUCGCGACAGGGAUGCAGUUGAUGACGAACUGUUCAUCAGUAGUGUUGAUUUUACUGCCGUUGUUUUGCAUCGUGGUCCCUCACACUUCAGUCCUGAUGGAGAACACUGCUGUGUGAGGAUUGCUGAAGGCCCUGCAGAGAGGAGAUGUCUCACCUUCACUCCCUGCCCCACACUGAGUCCCCUGUCUAAUGGAAUGAUCUCAUACGAUGCAACCACCAACAUGGCCACCUACACCUGUGACACUGGGUACACCAUCAGUGGAGCUACUCCGAUAACUUGUAUGAGUACUGGUACUACUAGUGCUGGUACCUGGUCUCCACCACCACCUACACUUACUUGUACAAUCGUCACCUGCCCUGUCCUAACCUCCCCUACCAAUGGAGCCUUGUCCACCACUAGUCGGGACUACCUCACUGUUGUUACAUACAGCUGUGAUACUGGCUACGUCCUCACUGGUAAUAGUGGUAGUGCUAGAACAUGUCAAGCUGACGGUGUGUGGUCAGGAGUGGCACCAACAUUUACUUGUCCACCUGUUGACUGUGGACCACUUGCCAACCCCUCUAAUGGAGCAGUGAGCACAUCCUCUGGAACCACCUUCAUGAUGACUGCUACCUACACCUGUAACACUAGAUACCUACUCAGUGGUGAUGCUAGUCAGACUUGUCAAGCUACUGGAGUGUGGGGCGGCAGUGCACCAACCUGUCAAUUGACUUGUGAGGACCUCGCUAGACCAGCUAAUUCAGGCAUAUUCUACAGUGGUGGAACUAGUGAUCUCAGACCACCUGGCACUGUGGCCACCUACACCUGUGUCAUUGGGUACAGGAUUGUUGGUACCACUAGUGCUACCAUGACUACUAGGAGCUGUCUAACCAAUGGAGGGUGGAGUGGCAGUGAUCCAACAUGUCAACCUGUUGACUGUGGUUCCCUGACUGACCCCAUCAAUGGAGCAGUGGACACAUCCUCUGGAACUACCUUUAAUCAAGUGGCCACUUACACCUGUACCAAUGGGUACAUGAUUAGCGGUGCUACCACUAGAACCUGUCAGGCUACUGGAUCCUGGAGUCCUUCUCAACCCACUUGUGCACCUGUUGACUGUGGUGGCCUCACUAACCCCCUCAAUGGACAAGUCAGAACCUUCUCUGGAACCACCUUCAUGAUGACUGCUGCCUACACCUGUAACACUAGAUACCUACUCAGUGGUGAUGCUAGUCGGACUUGUCAAGCUACUGGAGUGUGGGGCGGCAGUGCACCAACCUGUCAAUUGACUUGUGAGGACCUCGCUAGACCAGCUAAUUCAGGCAUAUUCUACAAUGGUGGAACUAGUAACCUCAGACCACCUGGCACUGUGGCCACCUACACCUGUGUCACUGGGUACAGGAUUGUUGGUACCACUAGUGCUACCAUUACCAGGAGCUGUCUAACCAAUGGAGGGUGGAGUGGUAGUGAUCCAACUUGUGAAUUAAUUUGCCCAACUCUCCCUAAUCCAACAAACGGAGCUAUUCAAUACACCUCCAUUAUCCCCCGAGCAACAGCCUCCACUGCUACCUACAGUUGCACAGCUGGCUAUCACCUCAGUGGGACAGCAGUGAGGACAUGUACUACCAGUGGAUGGAGUGGUGCUGCUUCUACCUGUAUAGUCUUCUGUGAUGACCUCCCUGUCCCCAACAACGUGAUGAUUAACUACAAUCCAGCCUCCACCCCCAGACUGCAGGGAGCCGUGGCUACACACAGCUGUACUGUCACUGGAUACGAACCAUCCAGUGGACCUGAUCGGGUGUGUCGGUCUGACAGAGCAUGGAGUGGAGGUGUCAUCACUUGUCAAAUUGUGGACUGUGGCAAUCCUCCGGUGAUCUCGAAUGGAGUGCGCCAAUUCUCUGCUACUACAUUUGAAGAGACAGCCACUUACAUGUGUGCUGGGAGCUUCACUCUAUCAGGAGACUCCACUCUGACUUGUAUGGCUAGUGGACUCUGGGGCACACCUCCAAUAUGCUCUCCUGUUUGUGAGGACCUUCCCUCACCUGCUAAUGGAGGGAUUAGCUACAAUACGACACUCUCCCCAAGACCAGCGGGGACAGUGGCCACCUACACCUGUGACACUGGGUACGAUAUCUUUGGUACUAAUAGAACAAGGACAUGUCAAUCAGACACUACCUGGAGUGGAGGAGACAUUGUCUGUCAAGCAAGCUGUCCUGCUCUCACUCUAUCAAAUGGUGACAUCACUUACAUCAUGAACACCUCUCCUAUUCCAGUGGGUACAUUGGCUACCCACUCCUGUAGUGACUCGUUUGUGCUCUCUGGUGAUGCUACCAGGAGAUGUACUGGCAGUGCUAGUGGAGGAAUGUGGAGUGGACUAAUGCUAACAUGUAUUGGAACAUGUGAGGACCUACCCAGCAUCACUAAUGGAGUCAUUGCUUACUCAUCAACCUCUCCUCCACGUACUGAUGGGAGUACUGCCACUUACUCUUGUGGGAUGAUGAUGGAGCUGAUGGUGAUCGGGAGCAGUGUAAGAACAUGUGGAUCAGACCGUAACUGGACUGAGGCUGAGCCAUUCUGUCAGAGAGUGUUCCUUCAACAUCAAGGGUUUACAAUAGCUGAGGCUAAUUCUCGAGUGCAGCUUGACACCAUUGGAGAGGGGGGGAGAGGACUGGUGUGCAGGACUGAUCACCAACAAUGCUGUAACGAUACCUCUAACGCCGCUUGGCUUAAUCCCAAUGGCACUGUUGUCCCUUCAACUUCAAGUCGUGGAGACUCUGACUUCUACACUGACACUGGUGAUGGGUUCAUACGCCUCAACCUCAUCAGAAACACUACCACUGCAACUGGUGAAUAUUGCUGCCGAGUUCCAAUGGACGAUGGAGCUACCGUGGAGACGUUCUGUGCACAACUAUUCCUGCCUGAACCUCAAGUCUCUGUCCCUGUUGCUGUUAUUGGUGGGGCAGUCGGUGCUAUAGUGGUGGUGAUUCUGGUGAUCCUGCUCAUCAUAUUCCUAGUACUGUUCCUGAGGCGCUCACGGAAGAAGCAGUAUGAGCCUGCUGUCAAAAACUCUGGUUUCUCUACUGUAUACACCAAACACAGCGAUACUGACGGGGUGGUCACCAUAUCAAAGGAUCAAGAGCCUACCAUCACUGGCUUCCCCAGUGAGAGCAGAGGUAAUGAAGGGGAGGAGGUGGUCAUUAAGCCCAAGGUGGGAGGUCACCCUCCACCCAGUCUCACCUGGUACCACGAUGGUAGGAAGGUGACUGCAGACUAUGCCACAGAACUGGACGAGGAAGGUGGAAUAUCCUUCCCUAGUGUGGAGAUGAAACAUGCUGGUGUCUAUAAGCUGGUGGCCAGUGGACCUUCUGGCACAGCUGAGAAAGAGCUCCAGUUGAUAGUGGUACCAGAGGGAAGGGAAGCAGAGGUGACAGAUGAGGUGGACCUCACUCCUAUACCAGUGGAUGGGUUUGGAGCAUAUGUCACUGAGCAGCAUGCUAAUGGAAACAAGAAGUUUUCCAACAACUAUUCGGGUCUCGGUGGCAAGGAAGGUGAACACUCAACAGCAAUUGCCAAACAGCACAAAGAUGAAAACAGAUUCGGAAACAUUCUUGUGUAUGAUGACAACCUCAUUAUCCUAGACCCCAUCCCUGGACAAGAGGACUGUCAGAGUGACUACAUCAAUGCCUCCUAUGUAGACGGUUUUGACAAGCCAAACAAGUUCAUUGCUUCUCAAGGACCACUACCCAAUACCCUGGUGGACUUCUGGCGCAUGAUGUGGCAGGAGAGACCACCCAUAAUAGUCAUGCUCACCAACCUCAAGGAGAACAACAAGAUCAAGUGUCAACAGUACUGGCCAGACAGUGGCAGUGUGAACUAUGGCCCCUUCACAGUCACCAUCACAGACCAGCAGGUCCUGGCUGACUACACUGUCAGAAACCUACUACUUGCAAUGAAAGGGCAAAGUGGGAAACCUUUCAAGACCACUCAGUUUCACUUUACAACGUGGCCUGAUCACGGUGUGCCUGACUAUGCCACGCCCAUUCUUGGGUUCCAUCGUCGGGUCAAGUCCCAACACAAGCCAUCCAGAGGUCCUCUCCUGGUCCACUGCAGUGCUGGUGUGGGACGCACAGGCACUUACAUUGCCCUUGAUAAUAUCCUAGAUCAAAUCGCAGCUGAAAAUGUCGUCGGUGUUUCCAGCACCAUUGUCAAAGCUCGCAAACAGAGGAUGAAAAUGGUCCAGACUCAAGACCAAUAUGUGUUCAUCCACGAUGCUAUCCUUGAGUCAGUGACGUGUGGAGACACUCAGAUCAGUGCUGGAGAUCUGCGCAGACAGAUACAGAAGAUGUCAUCAGUGGCCCCGGGAAAAACCGUCUCUGGAUUCCAAUACCAGUUCCAAAUUCUGGAACAGGUAUCUCCAAAUCCGAAUGAGGUCAACUGCAGCGGUGCAUUGAGACACAAGAACCUGAACAGGGGAAUACAGUACCUACCAAUUGAGAAUCACCGUGUGUUCCUAAAAGGAGAGGACCCUGGUCGUGACUAUGUCAAUGCCGUCUUUGUCAAUGGCUACAAGCACCAGAAGGCAUACAUCAUUGCCCAGAAUCCACUGGACUCAACCGUGCGUAACUUCUGGAAGGUGAUCUAUGACAGGAAGUGUGCGGCUGUUGUGAUGUUAACUCCUCUCAGUGAGGAUGGGAAGGAGGCAUGCUCCCAGUACUGGCCAGAGAGUGGCAAUGUCACCUCCUUCGGUGAGUUCACCAUCGAUAACUUGGGGGAGGAAACCAACACUGGGUUCGUUAUGAGGCAACUGAGCGUGCUUAACAAGAAGACUAAGCAAACUCAGCAAAUAAUUCAAAUCCAAAUUCUCGGUUGGAAGUCGACUGGUGCAUGUGAGAACCUCAAGAUUGUAACUGACGUGAAUGAGGAGGUUAUAAAGGUUCAAAGGAGGACUGGAAACAAGGCGAUUGUGGUCCACUGCAGUGACACUGCGACCCGCUCUGGUAUGUACUGCUCCAUAGCUACUACCAUUGACCGUUGCAAGACAGAGGGAGUGGUGGAUGUGUUCCAGGUGGUCAAGGCUCUCAGGGUCCACAAGCCAGGGGCAGUACCCUCAGUCGACAACUACAAGGAUGUUUUUGAGGCCUUGUUGGUCUACUUGGACUCCUUCGAUACUUACGCAAACUUUCUUUAAAACUAAAACUUUUAAUGUGAAUGUGAGUGCAUCUUUUAUUGUUGUUUUUGAAGUUAGACGUAGGAUUUUAGUUUUUGUAUUUGCCAGUUUUUUAAUAUUUGUCAUUUCUGAGGAAAAA